UCUCCUUUUAAUGUAGUUACAUAAUUACUAAGCAGCAGUGGUUUGUGGAGAGGCGGCAGCUUAUUUGGAUCAGCACUGGGAAAACAACAUUUUGGAGGAUUAAUGUUGGAGAGGUUUACAAAAGAAAACAUCUAAAACACUUUUAUAAAACCACCUCUGAUGACCCCAAAAGUUCAUACAGUUUCUGUACCAGACGCAUUUGAUACCACACGUCAUCGGCAUUAGGAUUUUUCUUUCUUUCUUUCUUUUUUUUUUUCCUUCCUUGCCAGUAGUACAAGUGGUUAAGCUGAUGGUUUGCUGAAGCACAUUGCAAACGUUAUGCAGAGGGGCGAGGAAGCACCUGCUUCCAACAAGGAGGUGGAGAAAAUGCUCUCAUGAAAACGUCCAACUGCAGCGGUUGGCACUGACACUUGUGCAAGAGGUUGGAUUGCUCUGAGAUUUUGCACAGGUUAUUUUUAUAAUCUUGAAGGGGAAACAUUCGCUUGAUGCUUUGUGGUUUUCCUUUUUUUUUUUUCCCCAGGAGUGUGUUGUGACCAAAAAACAGUCAGAGCAAAUUAUGGAUUGCCUGUAUAAUGGAGUGUUUGUUACAGUUUAUGAUAGAUUUUCGCAUUUGUGUCAGCUUCCAUUAAUGUUUGAACAAUGAUGAUCUUUCCUUUUGCAUCUGUGUCGCAUUUUAAUGCACCACAAACUGUUGCCAGAGUUUCCUGUCCCUGGAUAGGCGAUGUGGUUUUAUCAGACAGCCUCGGACCGCAAUCAGGAGCGCAGCAGCUCUGAGAAGAUCCUUCUAGACCUGGAUUUGCUCUGUCGGAAGACAGAUACAACUUUCUGAGAGAGAAACGCGUAGACACCGGCAUCAUCAGUGGUAAAAGUUGGACUGAAAGUACAAAUUCAGUAAGGAAACUGAUGUGCGUAACAAGGAAUGCCAGCCAGGCGUGGCUUGUGUUUGAAUAUCCAAUGUGCGUGGGGAGUAUGUAUAUAAUAGAGUCUUUCCAUCUGAUAAACAGAGAUAUCAAACUGAUGAUUAUAGCAAAGGACGAUCAAUAAACUGAAAGGACGUCUCUGAUUUGGAGCACGGCGCGCUGGGUACGAUUUGUGCGUGCAUGGACCGGGCUUAAAACUUUUUUUUUUUCACGCCUUGAAUCACUGUAGAUUUUUAAAUGCAGUCGCUUAAUUUGACAGCUGUGCACACAAUGGCAGAGGUCGGGAGUUUUCUCGGGACAACUGACUUGGAUUUACAAAGCUUUCCUGCACUCGGGAAUAUGCCCCUACCGGAGUCUCCAGUGGGCUUGAAUGAGCGGCUGGGGCAGAUUGAAGGGAGGCUGCAGCGGGGAUCGCCCACGGAUUUCGGGCACCUCAAAGGGAUCCUGAGGCGGCGGCAGCUCUACUGCAGGACCGGCUUUCAGCUGGAGAUAUUCCCUAACGGAACUGUGCAUGGGACAAGACAGGACCACAGCAGAUUUGGUAUCCUGGAGUUCAUCAGUCUGGCAGUGGGUCUGGUCAGCAUCAGAGGGGUGGAUGCUGGACUCUACCUCGGCAUGAAUGAAAAAGGAGAGCUCUAUGGGUCGAAGAAGCUGACAGCAGAAUGUGUGUUCAGGGAGCAGUUUGAGGAGAACUGGUACAACACCUACGCUUCGACUCUGUACAAGCACACAGACACAGGACGCUUCUACUACGUGGCCUUGAACAAGGACGGCUCGCCCAGGGAGGGUGGCAGGACUAAAAAACACCAGAAGCUCACCCAUUUCUUACCCAGGCCGGUGGAGAUUGAAAAGAUCCCUCAGGCGUACAGGGACUUAUUCCAGUACAGGUGACCAGAGCUCACACUUGGAGAACAGGUUACAAUCGGAGGAACAGAAAUUAAAAAAGAGGAGAAAGAGGGUGUUUCAAACCCGGUACAGAACUGUUUACCCUCAACUCCCUCUGAGGUUGCUGUUUUCGUGCCUAAGCCCACUGCCACGCAUGUCACAGCACUGACGUGAACAUUGUACACGUUCAUGGACCUUGCUCCUUUGCGUCUUGAACUUGUGGACUUGUGCCCUCAGAGAGGAGGGAAAAUGUUCUUGUAAAAGCCACUGCAGACGUGGACGGGGGAGGCCCGCAUGACCGCCCAGCUGUGGGGCGAUCAGGACGAUCCAAUCAGGUGCCGCGUUUUCCCCAAUAACCACUUUUUAGAGGUAAAUGCUUAGAUACUGAAGCGUCAUGGAACAACAAGUGGAGUCGUGGCUCGGAAAAAAUGAACGGUUGACUAUGAGGACACCAAGAAGAGGCUUUCAGGAGCUUCGAAUGACAGGAAGCACUGCAGAUGCCAUGACUGCGUUUACACAGUCAUGGCAAAUGUAAGAAAGGGCACAUUCCACAUAUGCAGAGAUAGUCAGGAGGAGGAGAAGAAAAGUCUGAAAUACACAAACUAUGUGCUGCAUGCAUGUUAAGUGACAGGUUGGGAUGGUUGGGUCAGGUACUGAUGAGUCAGAAGGGAGAACGUCAGAACUGGAGUUUCAUCAAGUUGCAUUCGGAAUGAAAGAUGAAAGAAAAGAGGGGAAUAAAAUCUCUAAACUGAAUGUGUGAUUAGAUGAAAGAGCGCUUACUGCACAUCCCCAGUCCCAGCUGAAGGCUCGCUUGUUCUCCCAUAUCGCCGGAGUCACAGUAAUUAUCUCUUCAUCGCAUUUAAAUGAAAUAUCAAGCAGCAUCUUGCAGGCAUUGUAUGCAAAACAAGUGACUAAGAUUGGGACAAAAGCACUUCUCUGACUGUCUUUGCUAAGAAUAAGUGAUGUUUAUUUUUAAAGGUUGGUGACUUGUAAUGUUCAGACUUACAGGAACAUUAUUAAAAAUGCAAGCAGCCUAGGUGUACAUAUGGGUGAUCCUAUUUAUGAGAUGUACAAUAUAUUUAUUUUCUACAUAUAAAGUAUAAAUAUAAAUCUAUAUAUUUAUUUAUUUCAAAGACUUUAUUUUGUAAUGAACUUGAAGUUAUCUGGACUGUAGACUCUACUGAAAUUACACCAAAAAAAUGAAAACAAAACACACACACAAAAAAGAAAAAAAUCUGCAAUGAACACGACAAUAAAAUUGUCCUGCUAUCAAGAACUCAUUGUGAGAGAUUAUUUUUGCUUGGAUAAAAUUGUGAUGUACCAAUUAAAACCAAAUAUAGAAUCUA